AUGGCUCGCACGAAGCAGACGGCCCGCAAGUCGACCGGUGGCAAGGCCCCGCGCAAGCAGCUGGCCACCAAGGCGGCCCGCAAGAGCGCGCCGGCCACGGGCGGCGUGAAGAAGCCGCACCGCUACCGGCCGGGCACCGUGGCCCUGCGGGAGAUCCGGCGCUACCAGAAGUCCACCGAGCUGCUGAUCCGCAAGCUGCCGUUCCAGCGGCUGGUGCGCGAGAUCGCGCAGGACUUCAAGACGGACCUGCGCUUCCAGAGCUCGGCGGUCAUGGCGCUGCAGGAGGCGAGCGAGGCCUACCUGGUGGGGCUGUUCGAGGACACGAACCUGUGCGCCAUCCACGCCAAGCGCGUCACCAUCAUGCCCAAGGACAUCCAGCUGGCGCGCCGCAUCCGCGGGGAGCGGGAUAAGUCCUAUCUUCUAUCUCUAAGACGGAAUUGGGGUCGCAGGGACAGGCUGGAACGUGACUGCGGAAGUGGAAGUGCAAUCUCUGGAGUGGGAGAGUUCUGCCGACCCCCCUCCACAGAGCUCUACAGGUCUGAGAUGCUACGGAUUUAUCCUGAAUGUUGGCUGGUUGAUGACUGGACUUCAGUGCUCUUGUACCUUUUGGGUGACUGCGUCCCGGAUGACGUUCUCCAAGAACACCUUCAGCACACCCCGAGUCUCCUCAUAGAUGAGGCCGGAGAUCCGCUUGACGCCUCCACGCCGAGCAAGGCGCCGAAUCGCCGGUUUGGUAAUGCCCUGGAUGUUGUCCCUCAACACCUUGCGGUGGCGCUUGGCACCCCCUUUGCCCAGGCCCUUACCGCCCUUUCCCCUUCCCGACAUAACGACUGCAGCUCGCAAACACAACUUCUGGAAAGAUCCUCUAAAGUCGACCCUUGCUUGCAGCCAGAAAUCGGUGGCAGAAUUGUGUCCCCAUGGAUGCCCCACGUGGAGCUAGCAAAGUUUGCUGAAUUGGGUGUCUCAAGGGGAAAUCUUUUUGAAGAUCAUUACCAGAAACUGCCCUAUGAAAACAUCAUGGCUCGCACGAAGCAGACUGCCCGCAAGUCGACCGGUGGCAAGGCCCCGCGCAAGCAGCUGGCCACCAAGGCGGCCCGCAAGAGCGCGCCGGCCACGGGCGGCGUGAAGAAGCCGCACCGCUACCGGCCGGGCACCGUGGCCCUGCGGGAGAUCCGGCGCUACCAGAAGUCCACCGAGCUGCUGAUCCGCAAGCUGCCGUUCCAGCGGCUGGUGCGCGAGAUCGCGCAAGACUUCAAGACGGACCUGCGCUUCCAGAGCUCGGCGGUCAUGGCGCUGCAGGAGGCGAGCGAGGCCUACCUGGUGGGGCUGUUCGAGGACACGAACCUGUGCGCCAUCCACGCCAAGCGCGUCACCAUCAUGCCCAAGGACAUCCAGCUGGCGCGCCGCAUCCGCGGGGAGCGGGCUUGAGUGAGCGCUCGGCUCGAGCUUCCAUCCUAUUCAAAGGCUCUUUUCAGAGCCACCCACGUUUUCAUGAAGAGCAGCUGUGCAGUUUUUCGCCUGUGGCGGCCUUGGUAUAGCGCACUGGUGCACUGGAUAGAGACUUCAGGGGCAACUCGCACGUGUCGGGUAGUGAGAUCAUAGAAUCAGUGCCUUAGUCGGCUGGCGCACUAGAGGGAACAGCUGAAAUGGUUUAUAGAUCGUUUUUGCCAAUCCUGCUUUUUAGGUGCGGAGUUACUUAAAAGCCGAGUGUCAGAUGCAGAAAUUAAGUGGGAAGGCCGUCAUGUGGGUUUGUGAUAACGGCUGGAAUGGGAAUCUCAGUUUAUCAGCCAGAUUUUACAGUUGGGAGAACUAAACCAGAUGUAAGUCCCUGUUUAAAUACUGAAGCCUUUCCCUGGUAUAUGUGUUUUAAGAAUU